AUAAAUCCUAUUUUUUUUUUAAUCCUAUUUUGAAGAUUGAGCCAUUUCUAACACUAGUGUCUGUCGUGUUUUCGGCCGUUCUUCCUGCAACAUAUGGCGCCCAAACAGGCUGAGACCCAGAGACGCUGAGAGACCUGAGAGAUGCUGAGAGACUCCGAGCACAGACCCAAAUAUAGAGAUCGCGGUGAGACGCGGAAAAGUGACGUAUUGCGGUGAGACGUAGGACAUCCAGAGUCCAGUUGCUAUGGGAGAUUGGAGGCAUCCGUGGAAACGGCAGCUGGCUAUGGCGGCAGCGCAAGCUUUCUCAGUGCCGUCUGGGACUGACAGAACGCCGAGUAUGAAACCUGAGACCUCAGGAAUGCGGCUGACACGAUCUUUAUCGUCGGUUCUUGCACCCACCGCGGUUCGGGGUAUGACCUCUCCAAUAAAUCAGUCAGCGGCAGAAAUAACUGAGGGACUAUCGGGGCAGAGUGCUGAUGGGGAGUGGGAGCUGCCCUUCCCACCCCCUGCGCCAAGAUUUUUAUCAAAAUCUUGAUAAAGCUGUGCUGCCAGCAUCUGUGCCGCUGCCAGGCAGCAAUAAAUCCACUCGGGAUGCUUCGCCAAUGAGAGGUGCAGCAGCAGCUUGCGAAAAUUGACCUUCACUGGAGGAGUUGUUCAAAGAACUGCUAGUAAAAUUCGAGAACUUAAAACUUACGGAUUCGGAGGAGCCUCCUUUCUUGUCUGCCCCACCGGAGCUGACUCCCUCAUUAUCCGUCGCUACAACACCGUCGGCACCAAGGAGGGACAGGUGCUCCGACAUCAUAUGUGAUGCUUUCAUAGAGAGGCAUAGGCGUGCUACAUCCUUGGCCUGCCCUAUUAUUAUCGACCCUGUGCAAGGCACUGGGUUGUGGCAGCCACAUGACUGCAAGCUUUUACAACAAGCUCGAAAAAUGGGUUUGGACUAUGGAUUACAAUCCCAGGCGGCUCAACAGAUAAUACAAUGGAUUUUUCAAGCAAAACCAAUGUGUCCACUUGACUGUCGAAACUUGGCGCGCUUAAUGUUAACUCCUUCCCCAUUGUUAUUGUUUGAAAGGGAAUGGUUGCAGUUACCACAGGGGGAAGCGGGUCAACCGCAUCAACCGGGGAACCCUCUGUAUGGCAUUACUGCAGAGAUGUUAAAGGGGACAGGUCCUUAUCUCAAUACCCAGAUUUAGUUGCAGUUCCCUGCGAUUAUUCACCAAACAGCUGUGCAGCUCGCACUGAGGGCUCUUCUUAGUCUCCCGGGGGAAAAGAAAGCACCUCCAUUCGCAUCUGUAGAACAGGCCCCUGGGGAACCACAUGCUAAAUUUAUCAAUCAGUCCAGGCAACCAGAUGUGGUGGCACAGGAUUGUCAGAGAUUUGCUUUUACGGUACCCUCCAUUAACAAAAAGGCCCUGGCAAAGCGCGAUGAAUGGCUAGUGCUUCUACAGGGGAUGAGGAAUUCCCCUACAUUAUGUCAAUUAUAUGUGGCCUGGGCAUUACAACCAAUUCGGACAGCGUGGUGUGACGUAAUUAUUUACCAUUGUAUGGAUAACAUUCGGUUUGGUAGGCCAGAAUGCUUCCAGGAUUCAGAUUUAAAGUUUAUUCAGGAUACUUUUGAAGCAACAGGGUUGAAGAUAGCCCCAGAGAAGGUUCAACAGAAACAGCCAUGGCUAUACUUGGGAUGGAAAAUGUCAGACUCUACUAUUCGUCCCCAGAAAGGUGAUCUAACUAUGGUGUUACAUAAUUUGAUAAAUGUACAAAUGUUCCUGGAUAAUAUUCAGUGGGGUUGCCACAUUGUACGGAUUACUAAUGACAACUUAGCUAUAUUACUACCUUUAUUGCGGUGCAGGAGUGCAGAGCCACAGAUUACACUAACAAAUGACCACUGGCAGGCUCUUUCACAAAUAGCUUCUAAGGUUGCAGCCGUAUAGCAGACAUUGCACUCUCCUUCCUAAUUAGCGAUCAUGUGUCUCAUCCAUUUGCGGUGCUUGGUCAGUGGCAAAAAGAAAAGGGGGAGAGUAAGGGGCGACAAAGACAGAAACAGUAUCAGGAGGAUGCCACUGACACUAACAGCACGGGUAAUAGGAGUAGUAUAAGUGACACAGGUGAUGGCAAGGGUGGAAUGAUAGGGCAGCAUUUUCGAGUUCUGGAAUGGAUUUUCCUACAGAUUCAGCCAAAAAUGAGUGUUCCAUAUUCUCCCACGGGCCAAGUGAUGGUUGAACGAUCACAUCAGGUUUUAAAGGAACAAUUAGUGAGGUUAAAAGAGAUCAAGAACAUCGAUGAGCGAUUGUCCGAGGCGGUGUUUGUCUUGAAUCACUUAUGUUUGACUAGUGACCGAGAAGACCCUCCUGCGAGUAUUCACUUUCAAACAAUAAAUAUAGAAGCACCAAAUGUGUUCCUUCAAAUAAGAAUGAAUUACCGAGAUCCUGCCACAGGAACUUGGAAAGGGCCAUACGGGUACAGAAAUACAAGUAACACCUGUGGUUACAAUGACACUGCUAGGCAGGGUUUAGGGGCUUAUGGUGCGGAGACAAGAGGUAACAACUACAGCAUUUGGAACAAUCUUACAGCUAUGGCCUUACCUCCUGAUGUUUUUCUGAUUUGCAGGGAUAGGGCCUGGCAAGGUAUCCCUGCAAAUGCUAUCGGAGGUCCAUGUUACUUAGGUAAACUUACUAUAUUUGCUCCUAGCUUGUCACAGUUGUGGGAGAUCACCGGACAUAAAUGGGCAUUGCUUGCACCGGAUUGCAAUUGUAAUGUUGAAUUGCUUGGUGUUGCAGCUAGAGCAGCAUUGGCAAUUUUAGUGCCAGGAGCAGCAGCUGCGGCCAUGCUUAAUAAUUUAGAAAAAUUGGCAUGCUGGGCCGAGAAGCAAGCCCAUGCCACAACAGAGAUACUUGAGGAGAUGUUACCAGAUCAAAAUAGUCUGCGCCAUGCGCUCUUACAGGAUCGAGCUGCUAUUGACUUCUUGCUCCUGGCUCAAGGGCAUGGGUGUGAGGACUUUGAGGGAAUGUGCUGCAUGAACCUUUCUGAUCAUAAUGAGUAAAUUCACAAAUCCAUUACUUUCUUGAAAGAGCGCA